AUGCCUCUCCCAUUUUCUCUAGUCUGCGAGUUGCUUGAGCAAUCUUACGAUCUCUCUCUUGCCAAGAAGAGUUGUUCGAGUGUCGUGAUAAAGUGGUUUACUCGGCAUCGCAGCCACGUUGAUGCUCACGAUACUAGCCUCUCGGCUCUCUUAUCGACAUUACUCCCCGAUAAGCGAACUGACCGAGUUUACUGCAUUCAGGCUCCCAGUCUUGAGAGAAUCGUCGGUCGCGCAUUCUUCCUUGGAUCAUCACGAAUUGUAGAAUUGGCGCAGUACCGUCAGCCGGGCUCUGGUGUUGACCUAGCAGACUGCGUAUCUCGCAUUCUCACCGUAACUCCAAGCCCUGGUUACAGUCAGAAGGACCUUGUUACGGUUGAAGAGAUUGACGAGCUUCUGCAUUCACUUGCAGCAAAAGUGAAAUGGAGUUCUCCUUCCAUCCGUGCCUCUCAGGCCAGCCUAACUCCAAGCAACAGAACCGAUGUUGAAUGCUUGUACAGAAGGUUGAGCGCAGUAGAGGCCAAAUGGUUCACGAGGCUUAUUCUGAAGAACUACCAGCCUUUAGUUUUGGACCCGCAUCUCAUAUAUCGACUUUGUGACACGAUUCUCCCCUGUGUUUUGAAGAUUCAGGACGAUUUCUCUACAGCGAUUGGUUCUGUGCAAACUAUACGAGGGAGACUGCUGCCAAACUCAGGACGCAAGACACCACGUGAACAGAUUAUGAACACAAUGAAGCCUCAAUUAGGUGUCAAGAUUGGACGACAACCUUGGAUCAAGGGACGCAGUAUCAAACACUGUCUGGAUAUGGGCCAUGGGCGUAUGAGUGUUGAAGACAAGAUUGAUGGUGAAUACUGCCAGAUCCACAUCGAUCCAAGUAAAGGAGAUCGGUGCAUACAAAUAUUCUCAAAGAGCGGCAAGGACAGCACAGAAGACAGAGUUGCGCUUCAUGAUACUAUACUGAACUCACUCAGAAUUGGACAGCAGGACGCCAGAGUCACAAGGGCUUGCAUAUUGGAAGGGGAGUUGGUUGUAUACGAUGAAACACAAGAUAAGAUAUUACCGUUUCAUAAGAUACGGAGGCAUGUGUCACGAAGAGGACGAUUUUUGAACACGGAGCUGGACUCCCUGCCCGGACCACAAGAACACCUAAUGAUAAUUUAUUACGAUAUAAUGCUUUUAGAGGAUCAGUCACUGAUCAAUUUACGUCAUUCGGAAAGAUUCAAGAUCCUGUCUAGCCUUGUUUGUUGUCGCAAAGGAUGGGCUGAACUCGUCCCACGCCAGGUCGUCGAUUUUGGCCAGGCUCUUGGUGCUUCGACCUUGCGCAAGAUCUUUGCCAUGACCAUUUUGGCUCGAAAAGAAGGUCUAGUUUUGAAGCCAGACGAACCCUACUUCGAUUUCGCAGAUCAGCGUCGAAAGUUUUCAAGCUGCUGCAUCAAGCUAAAGAAGGAGUACAUUGGGAACUUUGGAGAUGUUGGCGAUUUCGCAGUUGUUGGUGCCAAAUAUGAUCCGACAAAAGCAUUGACGUACCGAAUACCUGGACUGAAGUGGACUCAUUUCUAUAUCGGCUGUCUUGACAACCGGGAAGCAGUAAAGAGAUGGAAUGCUAAGCCAGAGUUUACGCUCGUCAAUGUCGUGGAGUUGAACGAAACGAUGCUAAGAGAGGUCGUUAUAUACUCCAGCCCAGACCCUGUUGCUCCAGGGGAUAAUGACGCCCUCACUUUCAAACUGGCUCCUGGGGUUGAGCAAGGGUCACCUCCGACGGUAAUAUUCACUAGGCCACUGGUAUUUGACCUGAAAUGUUUCAGCUUUGACAGAGUGGGAAACACUGGCUUUUGGAGUUUGCGUUUUCCUUCAGUGACCAAGGUUCACUUUGAUCGAGAUUUUACGGAUACGAUAUCUUUUGAGCAGCUGCAAGCACUGGCUAAGGAUGCGACAACUGCCACCGAGUUGGAGGAUAGUCAGGAGAACCUGGAAUGGAUUGCAAAGCUAGAAGCAGCUGACCCGCGCGGCAUAGCUGUUGACGCCGUCAGUCAGUUGACAGUGACAACUAUGUCAACACCUUCACCUCGAAAAUCAACACAAAACACCAACCCCACGUGGUCUCCUAUAUCGCCCCUGAGAACAAGACCAUCGGUCGGUAACACACAUAUCACUUGUCACGAAACUUCUGGAAGUGCUCGCCCUCUGAUAUUACCAACCAUUGUGGUUGCUACCCCUGGUGAUUCUGUGCAAGCUGCACCGUCACCAACAUCAGCAGCUCUUGUGCCCCAAGCGAAACACAAGCGCGAUCCCCCCCCCCUAGACUCUGAAUCAUCACGCAAACGCCAGAAACCAGACACAGAUCCACCAAAAAAGCACAACAAACACUCCUGCAAUCGCAGAAAUACUUCUCAGUCCCGCAAACCCCUUGGUGAUAUCGAUGACAACUCACAAUCUCAAUCCGUCAUGAUUCCUUACGCUGCUGAAGUCGUUGUUGAUGAGGACUACGGUAUAUCCGAGGAUCACGAUAUAUCUGGGGAGCCUGUAAUGGAUCUAGAUACUGUUGCGCGUCCUGAGCCUGAGCCUGAGCCUGAACUCGAGACCAAACCGGAGCUCGUUCAUAUCAAACCUCACACGGUAGAUGUUGGGAUUCUGGGAUGCGCCUUCGUUGGCGCCCAAUGUAGACUGUACAAGGCGGUAGUUUUGGUUUCGCCAGGACUUCUUCACAAGCACGAAGCAAAGGCUUUACUUGAACUCCACGGUGUUGACCCGGUCACCGAUGUUGGCGCAUGGCUCGAAGCCGAAAAAAGACGCAGUCACAAAGAAACAACGCCCGAGAUCUCGAAAGUUUACUUUUUGUGCGAAAGCGACCAGCACACUGAGUUGAAACCUCUCCUCGCCAAGAUCGAAGACAUUCACAAUAACCCGCAUUCUGAGAAACACAGCUCGAUUGAGGUUUACGACUGGCGUUUUCUUAAGCACCUCACGAUCGAGGAAGACAAUUCUGUUGAGGACAAGUAUUACGAUGGGUUUUGCCAUUCGUGGCAGCGUUGGUACAUCGGGUCUGUCUGA